AUGUACCCCUUUGGCGGAACAUCCAUGGAUAGCAACACGUGCAACUAUCACAGGGGCAUUAACCAAGGAAUCGCACGGGGCUAUGUCAGUAACGAAAAUGUGCGCAGUGUGGCCAACUAUGGUAACAUCCGGGGGGAGUACAAUGCGAACCCCACCUCGAAUUUUUAUCUGCCAACAUCGGGAUUCACCUCGAUGAGCAGUGUGAGCAAUACCGGCCAAGUGAACCCUACAAGUAACUACCCCCCCUGUGAGCAUCUCCUAACUUCGUAUGCAUGUCUAGAGCCUUCGGUUAGCAAAGCCGCCCCCACCUCCCACAUGAACACGUUCAACAAUAUCGUGGCUCCCUACAUCGGAAACCUAGAUAAAGGAAACAAUUUAAACAGCUCACGUGGGUUUUUUGGGGAUUAUUCGUCUAAAGGGUUGACCCAGACUUAUGACAGGAGUAGGGCUAUGUCGUGUGUGCAGUGUGCUUGUUUGGGGCGGAAUGCAGACAGUGAGGGAGGCACUCUGGAUGCGGGCCUUUUAAACAAGGUGUCCGGGCCGUUCCUGGGUUAUGGCGUUUACUCGGCGAGCGGAGGCACCCAUCCCAGCGCGAGCGCGAAUCGUGCCUCGAUUAAUAUCAGCUCAGUAAGCCAUCCUCCAGAAAACGCUAACAUAUUUUUCAACGCAAGGGAGAAUUUGAGUUUUAAUGCAGGCAGAACUGAUGGGAAUGCCAUAGCACAGAGGCUGAACUACGGCUCAGGAGAGGGUGUGAGCGGAAGUAGCCAGAUUACCAACGUUGGCGGAGUAACUGGCAGCGGGGUGAGCCUACCAAGCAGCGCACUACCAACGCACCUCCUCGAUGCAAACGCCAACGCCUUCCAACCUGUAAACGAACGUGUGAGAACAAAUGGGGAAAGCACCACUCAACCGUCGAAUGCAGCUCACAACGUGUACGAUUAUGUAACCCUAAAUCAAGUGUCCAGCAGACAGUGCACUGCCCCAUUCAAUUAUCCAGCCAUAAAUGGGUGUCUGUUAAAUUGCUUGAAUUCAAACACUGGCAACAGCGUAACAGAGUUAAAUAUGAGGCCGACUGGGAAUGGGAAUAAUACGACAAGCGGGUCGUUCCCCUCGGAUGGAAAUCCCAUUCAGUCUUCAGCCAUUGGCCUCUCAGGGGGGCAGAACGUGGACUCAGCUGCUUCUGUAAACCCCAAUAGGAUAAACACGGCCAUGCCUACCAUAAGUAUAGUUUCUCCUCACCCAAGUGCAACAACACGGACUGCAUAUCUUACCACACCGGGUAUGUGCAUGGGUGCUCCCAUUCCAUGUGUCACCUCGUCCAACAUACAAAUGAACAACCUAACCCCGGGGAGGGGAGGAUUAAACUUGAAACGUUUGGGAACCUACCCAGAGGCACCACGCCCCCUGAACGAUGUAGAAAGGAAGAGCAUUAUUUAUAGGAACGAGGUGAACAGGAGGAACUCGACUAACGAGGCGAAUGCGUGCAGCUAUCUAAGAGUGAACAACGAGAUGGUACGGACCACAUGCACAGGUCGGAACAGUCAUUCCUACUUCAGGGGGAGCACGAACGAGUCGGUAGGCAGUCACGCUGGUAGGAGCAGCCACACGGUGUACCAUGCAAGUGCACCAAGAACGGGAGGUAUACCAAGAAGGAACGAAUACAGAGAGGCAUAUGGAAGGCCCCCCCUGGAGGGGGACUUUUUAUAUACACAAAACCGCAAGUCCUACACUCAGACCAGCGAAGCGAUAGAUCCACGAUGCUACAAAGAAGAGAAGAUAAGUGGUCGGACCAGUCGACCCAUGGAUAGGUACACCCACUUGAGGGAACGUAAGAUACUAAGUAAGAGAAGCUACGAUUCGUUUGCCCACAGCGCUAAUGAACCGCGUGAAAAAAAAGGCUUUAGCAGUUUCCAUUAUGCGCCAAAUGUGAAACGCAUAAGCACGCACGUGAGCUCCAGAGGAAGGAACACACUUCGGAUGAGCGCUUCAUCCGUAGGGGACAGCGACAGUGACAGUGACGCAUCUGGUGACGAUCAGGUGAGGAGGAGUUACAAAGAGGGUAGGAAAAGCGGCAGAAGAGGAGGUAGAAAAAGCGAGAGGAGAAGAGAAAACAUCUGCAGUGACACUGCAUCGUCUGCUUGUUCAUUCAGCGACGAUGGGGGAGGGUCUUCCGAGUCUUCCUCCUCGUCUUCCUUCUUUACCAGCACCGUGAGUGACAAAGUGAAAAGCAAAAAAAAAAAAAAAAAUAAAAAACAAAGUGCAAAUGUAAAUGCAAAUAAAUGUGCAAGUAGAAGUACGAAGGGAAGGCUGGCCGUCCCCGAGCCGGGGAAGAGGAAGAGGCCAACAGUCAUCGAAUUUUUGAAUGCCAAGUGGAACAGAGGUUCGUACAACGAGGAGGGUAGGGGUGGAAGUGGAAGUGAAUGUAAAAGUAGGAGUACAGGUACAAAUGUGGAUGGCGGCGAAAGUUGCAGCCUGGACAGUUCAGGAGAUUUUGCGAAAAAGCGAAAGAAAGAUCCCCCCGGUGAGAAGAAAAAAAAACGAAGGAACAGUAAUUUCGAGGAGGCAUGGAAAGAAGUGGGCGCUUCCCAGCGAAGCAACGCGUUGUCUUCGAACGGGGAUGAAAAGACGCGCAGAAGUGAGUGCACUGAGGGUGACUCUGACGGUGGGGAGUCCCUACCAUAUUCGGAGGAGGGGAUGGAGGUAAGUGGAUUGGUCGACACGGGUGGAGUCGCCGAAGUGAACAGUAUUAGUUGUGUUGGCAGUGGUAGCGGUGACAGCCGUAGUGGUGGCUCUCGGGAGCUGCACAGGAAGGCGAUAAAGAAUCGCACGAGGAAGGGAAAAAAUGGACAGGGCGCCAUUUCAGCAAAGACGAAGGAAGCAGGUGGAACGAAAGUAAAUAUAAAGGGUGCGCCGAAAAAGAGCGAUGACCAACGGGACGAGGUGGACAGCGAAGGGGGGGAAGAGCAUAUCGGAAAUGAGGACGACAAGGACGAAUAUGAUGAGAAGAAUGAUGUAUCCCCUGAGGAGGUCCCAAAGGAGGACGCGGGAAAUAGUCCCACCAGUGACGACCAUUCGGGAAACGACCCGAGCACUGACAGUGAGGAGUUGUAUGGAAGCAUGAGCUCGAGUGAUGAAAGUGAGAAGGAUGGUUUUCAUUCUGCAGAUGGGGCAUCCGGGGAGGAAAAUAUCGAGGUCGGUGAGGAGGAAGUGGAGGACAGCGAUGGUGAAGUGGGGGAAGAACGACCCGGGGAGGAAGUGCAGAAGGAGGAGGGCGCCCCGUCGGAAGGGGACACAGAGGUGAAGAGAAAAAAAAGUAAAGUGGAGCAAGCGAACGCAGUGAAGAGAGAACCGAACUUGUCGUCUGAGAAUGAACAGAAGGACGAAACGGUGAAGAGUUCUUCAUCUGCAGGAUGCACAAGCGACACGGAAAUGAGCGAUAGCGAAACGACUUCAAACUACGAAUCCGCAGAGGAAAGCUCGGAGUACCUCCUAGACUGCUCGUCGGACGAGAUCACCAGAACGGAAGGCUCCUGCGAAGGAAGCGGUAACAGCGAGGUGCAUGCAGGGGGGGAGAUGAACCCAGUUAAAGGGGCGAAGGAUAACGUAGGCAGUGGAAUAGGCAACGGUGUAAUAGGUAGUGCAAUCAGUGGUGCCAUCCCGGAGAGAGAACCCAACACGUGUGCAUCAUCUAUCCUUCGCGUUUGUAGCAGCGGGGUGAAGAGGGAGAAGAGCACCCAGGAAGGAGAAGUGAAAGUUAUUGGGGGAAAUGGCAACGAAAAGGAAAACCUCUUCUACAGAGAGGUACAACACCCCAGCGGAGUAAAGUGCUUCCAAACGGAGUGGCAAUCACGCAACAUCUCUUCCGGAGGGGAACCGCACCGACACAACAGAACCUGCAUCAUCAAGCAUCACAGAAGACACGUCUACACUAAUAUGAGGAGCCUAGAUUACAUAAAAACCAACGAAAUACUGAAGAAAAUAAGAAAAAAUGUAAUAAAAAAAAAAAAAAUAAAUAUAUGCGAGUGGAUCGUUCUCUUGUCGUACCUGUUUUGCAAGAAAUCUCGUUACCUAGACUUCAACAAGAUAUAUUUGUACAAUGCAAUGAAGAGGUUAUCUCCGUUUCUUCUUAAAUUGAGCAGAAGAUGUAACGACACGGAAAUAAAAAGUCUCUCCUUUUACCUGAGCAAGGUUUUUAUCCUAGACGAUCACUUCAUUUUUCGAGUGAACAUUUUUUUUUUCAACUGGUUCAUUUUCUAUGUAUAUAAAAUGAAGUUAAAAAAUGUGCACUUUAUUGAGGACUUAAAUUUGUUAAUAAAUUUUUUUUGUGGAUUUUUGACAAACAGAAGGUUUUUGAAUUACUCUCUUUUGUUUCUCAUAAAUGUUGUUUUGCAGAAUGGGAGGGGUAAGUGUCUUUACGUGGGGGGUAACUACAGGUAUGUGUGCUCUUUGUACGUGUCUUUGUUUUCGAAGGUUGUUUGUUUGGCUGGUCGGCAUAGGGGCGCAUGGAGGAGGUACCGGAGAGGGCAUCUUCUCGCCACGCAAGGGGGAAAAAAAACCAGGAAUAGCCACAUUAAGAACGAGGUGCUGAAGUGGGAGGUUCCAAAAAAUGAAAAGUGUAAACUGGAGUCACGCACAGAUGGGGUGGCCAACCAGGGAGACAAAACAAAUGUGUACACCCUCAGCGAAGGAACCAUCCAAAAUGGCCAACACGCAAAAUCGCCAACCAUAGGAAUACAUGCCCCUUCCAAACGACAGGACCUCAUCCUGCUGUACGUCCUCUACGUUUCAAGGAACAACUUCUCCAUUUACGUGAACCUACUGAAGCACAUUUUGGAUGACAUUUUAAAAUUUAAACUGACCUACAAUUUCCACAGAGUAAAAAUAAAGAGUAGGACUUUUUACAAGAAAAUUAUUCGCUGUUUGAAAAAUGUGAAAAAAGUUAUGAACAGGUCAGGCAGGAAGGGGAAGAAGCGGGGGGGAGACAAUCUCACUUCCCAGCGGGAUGACCAUGUGAACGUGAAUUACUCUUUCGUGUACCUCCUCAUUGGCCUAUUCAUGGAGUACACAUCUUUUUCAUUCACUCCUUCCAUAGUGAGCUUCUUCCAGAAUGAGAAGCUAGCCAAUCUGCACAGAGAGCUCAUCUCCCACCUGAGAGACUACACUGAAGUCACCUUCAAGUACAUGAAAUUUUUUGCCCUGGAUAUGAUGAGGGUUUAUGGAAACAUUUGGCUGCGAAAUGUUUUUACGUCUGUUAAUUUGAAAAAAAUGGACGGAGUGGAUAAACUGAAUGGUGUGCAUGGCGAGGUGGAUUAUGCGGAUGACUGUUUAUCCGUCGUGAGGGGGGGAGACCCAAAUGGGUGGAGGCGCCGACGCAUUGGCAAGAGGAGUUUAAUGAGUACAGAAUGGACAAGGAAGGGUGGUAUGUCCACCAUCAUAACGGCCACGAAAACCACGGUAAUCACCCUCCACGCGGGGUGUAACUCCCGCAGGGAGGAUGGAGAACCAGACGAAAAGAGCGCAGUGCAAGUAACUCAAAAGGAUGAUUUAAAGCGAAGAAGUGGUGCGAUGGAUAUCCCAAAGGGGGAAUUGCAAAAUAGACCCGCGUGUGUGCAGAAGGAAGACCCCUCCCACGAAGGAAAGGACGAGUACGUACCGUUGGAUAACUGCACGGAGGAGAAGGAAAGGAUGGAACAUUGCAAGGUGGUAUCUUUCGAGGGCGAAGGUGCCGAUGAGGAUUCACCAGAUUUACCCGUGCGAAAAAGAGCCAAAAUGAAAACUCCUGCCAAAAGCGAACCCCCAAAUGGAUUACAAAAGAGUAAUAAAGGAAACCACUACGCGAAUGAAAGUUUCGUGGACGCCACUCUCUUCAUGCUGUGCAGAUGUCUGAAGGUGUUCAAGGGAAGUACCACACUUAGCACCCUCUUCGAUAUUUUGUUUCUUUCCUUCAUGCAUAGAAUUAAUGGAGACCAGUUAAAGCGUUUUCUUGUAGAAAUGUACACCACAGAUAAGGAGCUCAGCGGGUUGGUAACGAAAAUAAUUUUUAGGAGUGACCUUCGAGAUGAAUGUUUCCGCAACGUAUCUUUUGUGAAUUAUUUUUUGGGAAGGAGGGAACCGCUAGAUCUUAUGCAUGUCCAUUUGGGUGGCUUGCAGGUCGGCUUGGCUGAUGUGUGUGCGUUCUACCUCGGGGGGUUCAUGCGGUGUGGCGCCCGAAACAGGAGUAGUCACAUCGGUCGAACCGGUCGACUCGGUGGGCAGUGCCAUCCCCUUGAGGGUAGACCCGCCGGAGAGACCAACCACCUAAAUGCUCAGUUGCAUGUGAAGCCCUGCCCGUGCAUGUUCCUUAUGUACGUCCUUUUCUUUUCGAGGAUUUUUCAAAAUUUCAAAAUGUACUUUAUGCACUUUACGAGAUUUUCCUAUUCGCUACAAAGGAGAGUAAUGACAGGGAAACAAAACAUCGAAAGGGUUGAUGCACGUGGAACGGCGUCCAGGUGUCUGGAGUGGGGAGCGCAACAUGGUUACCGUUGUGACUACUGUGAGAGGGGUGCUUUUUCAGACGGUGCGAUCGCAGAGAGGGAAGCGAUAUCCAAGUGGGAGGAAGACAAAUGGAGUGGUAACGGAAAAGGAGUAAUGGAAAAGUACCACCUGAUAAGCGUUGAAGAUGGAAUAAAUAUGCCCCCCUUUAAGGGGAUGAAGAGAUGCUCAUCGGUUAUCUGCAUGAGAGCGAACGAGAAGGAGAGUGCAGUAAUACCAACAAAGUUAGAAAGUGUGAAAAUACGGGAGAAUAAUUCAAUAGGAAAUAAUGACCUGUUGUUUAGUGAAAGAACGGCCCAGCACAUUCUGAGCGUCCUGUAUGAGCAGAGGAGGAUGCACGAUGUUCAGUUGGGUAGCAUUUUCGCCAGGAUCGAUGGGUGCAUAUUUGAUGGACGCCUGGGGGGAGGAAGAACAAAGGAGAAGAUACUAAACGGGAGAACCCCCCCGUGUGCGAUAAAAGAACGCAUCCGGGAAAGAUACGCAAAGAUCCUAAGUGGCGUCCUCAAGUGGAACAAGCAUAACAUUGCCUAUAAUAGAAGGAAGGAGGAGGAAAAGGAAAAGGCAACCCUUAAAAGGAGAAGAAACAAAUACACAAACAUAAUAAUCGAUGUGUACCCGUUAAUUUUUCUAUCCCUGGCGAAGCUCCUUAAGGCCACUAUAAGCAUUAACGAUGACGUGAAGGACAAAUGCUUCGAUGUAAAGAAUGAGGAGUUUCCAGUCCAGCUGCUCAUCUCUGUGGAGUUAAAUAAGAAUGAAGAGGCUCUAAAAAUUCAUCACACGGAGAUUAAAUCUCCCGGAAGAUCCAAGUGGCAGUACUCCUUUGUUAGGAGGUGUCCCUGUAGUGGGAUUCCAUCCUGUCAUGCCCCAUCCCAUGGUCGCUCCGUAAGGGGAAAGAACCCCACGUCACCUUCACACCACCUGGGAAGAACCAACUGCAGCCUAAACCUGGCAAUCAAACUUUUGUACAGAGAAAUAAAAACCGAUUUUUACAUUCUGAGUGAGUACUAUGAGGAGAAGGUGCACAUGUACCGGACGCUGCUGAUUCUGUUGGUGCUGAAGUAUCUGUCCAGUGGUUUCAACUUAUCUUCCUUUCGAAGGAGGUUUGUUCUUUUUUUUACGCAGAGAUUGUUUCGCUUGCUAUGUUUUAGAGUCAUGUGUUUGUUUUUAUCUGACGUGCAUUUGAGCAAGCUGACUAGUGAGGUACUCAUCGUAGAUGAUAACUUCCUCGUGAAGAGCUACCAUGCGAAGCGUCAAAGGAAGAGACGCCGUAUGGAGGAUCACCUGGGGGGUGGGCAACUCUCGCCACGCCGUAGUCGACUCUUCCAAAAGAAAUCCUACAACAGGUAUAAGAGGUACUCGGAAAACUUUCUCUUUAACGUGGAGUUUGUUAACGACGGGGAGGUAAGUGAAGAGGUGCGAACUCCGAGGAGACGCACCGUGUACAAACCAUUCGUCCCAUUCGGAAUGAUUGUGAUGACGAAGGGGGAGAUCCUGAAGCUGAAGUUGCAACGGAAGGAGGAUAUAAAAAAGGACAACCUUUAUAUAAAUAAGUGCAUUUUGAAGGGAAAAUCGAAAAGUAAGAGCAAAGCAGGACCAGAAAUGGGGAACCAACUGCCAAGUGAGGAGAAGCAUUCCGUCCACCUAUCCAUCGUAUCGAUAAUUCUGCUCAUGAAUACCCUCAGAAAGAACAGCAACUACUCUUGCAGUAUCAAUUUCUACUUAAGUUUAUUUGUGGACAAAUUUUUGGAAAAAAAAAAAUACAUACAUGUGGAUGACCAGUAUCUUGUGCAUAGCUACCUGGUGAAUCUACAGAACCCGUUACAAUUGAAUGGCAAAAAGGAGCUCUUCACCAUGAGUGAAAAAAACAGUUGGGUUAGAAGGAAGUUUGAACUGAUGAACAGUGGUUACAAGUUUUUCAUAUCUUCUAGUAGGUUCCCCUUAUUUGAGUUCAUUUUCUACGAAGCCCUAAAAGUGUACUUGACUUUUCUCCACAAAAAUGCAUUGGGAGCUUUGGUCUGUAAAAUGUCUACCUUUAACAGCAUGUAUGCGGGCAUGAACAGAAAUUUGCACUUCGGCAUAAAAAUCAACCACCUUCUGUGUUGCAAGCUUAAUACCCUACUCAUGGAGGAGCAUUUAAAUAUGCGCUUGAAUAAAUCUCCUUCCAGUGUGACUUCUAUUCUGUCUGCUUGUAAAUUUCUUUUCAUCUCGAUGCUGGAUGAGAGUGAGAAUUGUGAGUUGGUGGUGCCUGUUUCGGGGGGGUGCACCACAUAUGGGGAGAACACACUGAUGGAGGAGACCAGGCCGUUGCACCGAGUGUGUCUGCCGGGCGGAGGGGAUGACCCAGUGUUAGGCAGGCAGCACAUGCUAGUAGAUCAAAGUAAUCCGAGUGGUGGUGAUUCCCAUGGGGAAGGAUUAAACGUAGCAAAUUUGUUAAGGGUUGAAAACGGGACGAAUGGCCAUUGUGAUGCCCCACGGAGGUACAACCCGAAUGAGAAAAGGUCCGGGAGACUGGUGGUUGGGAACUGCACAAGGGAUUAUGUAAAUGCCGCCGUGGGAACAUUACAGAGGGGAGAAAAGACGACAUCGGUUUGGGACAACAAUGGGGGAUGUACUGAACGGGAGGGGCAAAUCACCCCCCAGUGGGGAAAUUCUUACCGCGCCUCCCAUAUAACAAUCGAGCACUGCACCAAGUAUCAAAUUGAACAUUACCAUAAGGACGAAGGAAGAAACGUCCCCAUAAAAAAAAAAGCAGCCAUCUAUAUGAAGCCAAACGACGUGAACAAGCUAAUCACUUCCUUCCAGCUAAUGAACAGAACUAUUCUGGACUGCACCGACUUCAUUUACGAGUUGUACUUUUCUAGCGAGAGGGAUGAUUUUCCACAGGAGGAGAAGGAGAAACGAAACAGACACAUCUACACAUGGUUUGAGAGUUGCCUAAACGUGUUAACCUUCGAAAGGUGGGUCGUCCAUCAGCUUUACAACAAAUUUGAUAACGUUUCCUGCAUCUAUACGUUGAAGGAGGAAAGGAUAUUGUCUAGCCAUUUGGUUAGAAUCAAUUCACACAUCCUGAGCGACAUUGCCAAGAUGCAGAGUUACUUUGAGGAUCGGUUCGAUGAUGUGAAGAAGGCUUUUCAUGCGGAUCGGAUAGCGAAGCAGGAAGCGAGUGAACCCAUAUGCACAGAAGAAUGUGCAUCUAUGUUAGAUGCAACGAGGGAAUCAAAUUCUGCAGAUGUGGUUGGACAACUUCGUAAUAGCGAGGAGCUAGCCAAACCAGAUGAGCUCAUUGAGGACUAUGAUGAGUUAAACUCUUUUAUCGACUUUGGGGGGGACAUAUCUUCCGGUAUGCUCCUACAAAGAACGAAUGCGCGGGCCGUACAAGGCGAAGUUGGUGAGGAUGUUCAACGACUGAAUGAGUACAAGGUGGACGAAGGCUGGCUCACCUACAUCCGAUCUUUGAUUUGA